GCCCCGAGCCUUGGGUUUGACACAUGCUGUUUUGAGAUGCAGAUGCAGAAAAAAAAAACCCCAUCCAACAAUAACAGUUAUAAACCUUACAUAAGUUCAUUCGAUUGCUGUUUUGUGUGUUUGUGGUCCAUUCACUGACAGAAUUCUUUUUAAGUCCACCGUCCUCUAUAGCACUGAGCGUGGUCACGUUUUUUUUUUUAAAAAAAGCAAAUUAAAUGCGUAGUCAAGCAAAGCAACUAAACCUACGACCCAUCUUAUUUAUUUAUUUCUUCAUCCGUUACGUCGCCACCGUCCUCCACCUCCUUUUGUGUCUCCAAUAUUAAUGUGCCUCAUAUCGACCACCAUUAUAAUAACGUGAGAGUUUGGAAGUUGCCCCAAGAGCGGACUGUAGUAGCAGCUAUCAAAGGUGGAGUGGAUGCGCGCAGAACCCAGCACACGCUGAAGUGACUGUGGAACAAGGCCGCUGGAGAUAAUGUCCGUUUAGAAGCUGAAAUAAGCCGAGGUAAGAAGUCGGGCAGAUGCUGUACCGAAAUGACGUAAUGUUGAUAUUUUUCUUUCUUUCUUUUUCGACUGCUUUCAUUUGCCAUACGUAACAACGCCGAGAUAGCAGCUGUAAACAUGUUCAUGUGCCUCCCGUUAGUUUCAGCCAGAGCAAGAAUCCCCCCCUCCUUCGUAAUAAAGUCGCCAUUUCCCCAACUGCCUAUAUAAAACCACCCAUCGUCAUCACGUUUUCUCUUCCGGGGCUGCGGAGUCGGCCGUAUGUGUCUUCUCUUUCCGGGCGAUUUUGGAGUGUUUAUCGAGGGGAAAGACUUAAAUGAAAAGUGCCUCGUUUGGUUUUGGUUUUAACGCGAGGCGGGGGGAAGAUGACAAGGGGUGCGGGAUGACUGGGAACAGGGGAGAGGAAAAAAUGAGGUGAAAGUAUCCCGAAUUUGGUGACUGUUAUUAUCGUCUACAAAAUUGGAAGCGGUGACAGAGACACAGUCACAGAAGCUCAGUGACUUCUGUCAACCUUUCCUCGCCAGUGUAUGACCGCACCCUGACGCACUACAGAGUGCCAGGUUACUUGGUUUUAAAGCAGGGUGGGAGUUAAAAAAAAACAAAAAAAAAAAAAACAAGUCCAAGUGUCUGCCUCCAGAUUCCCUCUUCUCCCCCUCCUGUCUCUUCUCCUCCUGGGUGAUAGUGUCCGUCAUUUCAGGCAUGGAGAGCCCCAGCAGCCAGAGAUUUGGAAACAUGUCCACCUUAGGGUUGACAAGGACCCGCACUCCCAAGCAUGGACAUUCCCAGGAGCCUCAGAGAUACACCCCAGUUCCUAAGAACAACAACAACAACAACAACAACAACAAACACUGUGCUCCACUUCCUGCCUCGUUCAUGUCCCUUUGUCCACCUGUCUCCACCUCCGGUGUUUCCCUCCACGAUCCACUGCAAAAUGAGAGCGCAGAAGGGAAGAAAAAAGGUCGGCCCAGAACAGAAGGACAGGAAUUAAGGAAUAUUACUGCUCCUUUGGUGGUACAAUGGAAGGAAGAGUUUAAGCGACGCUCCAGGGUUAAGUGUCCACGCUCAGGUUGCUGGUUAGAAUUCCCCAGCAUCUAUGGUGUUAAGUACCACUAUCAACGCUGUCAGGGGGCCCCAGUACCUGAAAAGCUUAGCCAUGGCUGUCCCUACUGCGAGGCAGUCUUUGCAACAAAGGUCCGCCUGGAAAAGCACAAGCUGUGGAACCAUCCCGACAGGGUCACGAUGGACCCCAAGGAAGAGCAGGCUAUACCUCACAAGAUGGCCAUCAAGUCCACCACCAAGAAAAGACGGCUGGAGAACGCGCCCCCGUCUCCUGUGUUCUUCAAGGUCAAGAAGAUCAACGAAGUGCCCUCUAUGAAUGGCAAGCUGUCCUAUCAGAAGAGCGACAGAAACAAGCAGCAAACAGCUUACAGUCAGCCGUCACAGCCCCAGUCUGUCCUGCUGCAGUCCCAGAGCAGAUCGGGUGCCAAAGAAAGUAAGGAGAGCAGUCUUUCCCCUCUUUUUCCUGAUCAAGAUCCGGAGCGUGUUAAGCACAGACGGAAGCAGAAAACACCUAAGAAAUUCACGGGGGAACAGCCCUCCAUAUCUGGAACCUUUGGAUUGAAAGGAAUGACUAAAGUUGAGGAAAAACUAAAAACAAGUCAUUCAAAAAGACCGGGAGGAGGGAGAACAUUUAGUGAAAAACCUGAGCGAAGACCGGCACCGAGUCAGCUCUGCAAGAAGGACGCAGCUGCAAAGAUCUCUGGUAUGGAUCCUGGUAACCAAUGGCAGCAAGCAGUCCCGGAGCAAGGCGAAGUGGUGUGUCCCACCUGCUCAUUUGUAACUAGGAAAUCAAUGGAAGGCCUCAAGAAACACAUGGAGAUUUGCCAUAAGCUUCAAGAUGCUCUUAAAUGCCAGCAGUGCCAUAAGCAGUUCAGGUCUAAGGCUGGCCUUAACUACCACACCAUGGCUGAGCACAUAACUAAGUUGAUAUCAGGGGAGCCUAAAGCAAGAGGCAAGAAGGAGCAAUGCCAACCCGAAAAGAUUGAGUGGCAGGAAAAGACGGCUUCAGUGCAACACAGCGAGAAGGAAAAGGAAAUUCGAGACGAAGAUAAGGAAAAACAGAAUCAGAGGGAGGAAACGCUUGAGAAAAUGGUGCAGAAUGCGAGCCAGGUGGAAGACUUUGAGCGCACUCCCAGUGGAAGAGUGAGGCGCCGCUCGGCCCAGGUGGCAGUCUUCCACCUGCAGGAGAUUGCGGAGGAUGAACUGGCUAAAGAGUGGGGCACCAAACGGCGGAUUAAGGAUGACCUGGUGCCUGACAGCAAGAGGUUAAACUACACUCGCCCAAGCCUUACCAAUUUCAGCCCUGAGAUACUAGAGACCUGGAAGAACCAGGUAAAAGAGAAGGGAUUCAUCUGCUGCACCAACGAAAAGUGCGAUGCUGUAUAUUCCAGUGUGUCAGGACUCAAAGCUCACCUUGCUAACUGUAGCCAGGACGGUGGAGAACUCAGGAAGUACAUCUGUCUAAUAUGUCAAAAGGAGUUUAGUUCAGAGAGUGGUGUUAAGUACCACAUCAGCAAGACACAUUCACAGAACUGGUUUCGUGCAGCGGACAAUGAACUGGUCUCCAGCAACAAAAGUAAAGCACUAGUGAAUAACGCAAACGGUGCAGAGAUGAGAAACAAUCCCACGUCCGGUAAGAAGAGGGGUCGCAAGCCUAAUUAACGCCGCCCGGCUGCUUCACUUCUUCCCACAAACACAAAAGCACUUUUAGUUAUUCAAAACUCAGGCCAUCCCAAUGAAUCCUUCCUCGGGGUCAAAAAAAAACGUCCAAGCUUAAAGCCUGAUCUAAUGAACAACACUAACUUAGGCCAGCACAAACCAUAUUGCCCUAGGCUGCCGAAAUAAGCAAACCGUAGAAUUCUUUUGUUGAACCUGGGAGCCAGGGAUGAAGCUAACACCAAAUAUUUGGUCAGGGAACUAAAGGAUCUCUGUAAUUUCACAAAGGCAUGGCACUGAGAAGGAAGCCAAACCAGCCAUUAUGAAAAAAAA